AUGGGGACCUGGCAGGACAUUUUUGAAGCGAAGAUUGCAGAUAUGCACUUAAGAGAGCUGUGGACGCUUCAGGAGGAUGACAGCCUGCAGGUGCAUGACCUCAAGCCUGGCUGGAAGGAGUUUGUGCAGCACCGUGCAUUUGGGAGAUUUCAGUGCUCCCAGUGCUUUCGUGAGUGGUCCUCAGCCAAAGUGCAUAUCCUGUUCCGCAUGUGCUGGUGCCAGGGCCAGGGUAUGGUGUGCAUGCGAGCCUUCCGCCAGGCAUGCAGGCAGUGCCCUGACCCCCAGCUGGAGGAGCCCAAAUUCAGCCAGGAGACCAUGGAGAUGCUUCUGCACAACCUGGUCCUAAAGAUCCUCCAGUACUUCUACCACCUGCCCAUCCAGCCCUCCGACCUCCUGGAAGUCGUGGUGGACAGGCCGGUGUGGGGGCUACAUGACAGUGCCCGCUGUGAGGGCUGCCAGCUCGGUGUUUGCAACAAGAGGCUGGCCCCGGCGUUGGAUGCCAGGGAGACCUCGACGGAUGCAAAUGAGAACUCGACGGAUGCAAAUGAGAACUCGACAGAUGCAAAUGAGAACUCGACAGAUGCAAAUGAGACCGGGACCCAUAGCACUCUGAAAUGCCAGAGCAUGAAGCCCUGGGCAAUCCCAACCCACCAUCCCUUGUCCUCCAAUAGCAACUUCCCCUGGAAACGCUGCUGUUACAUCAGCAUCCCUUUGCUUUUUGGUUUAGCAGUGCUCCUCUUUGUCCUGCUUUAUUUCACCAUGAAGUAG